UGCUAAACUGGGAUUCAUUUCUGAAGAAAAAUAAAGUGGCCACGUUAAGUAGUUCAAAACAAGUGCGAAAAGUUCUUGGAUUAGUGUCUCACCAAAUUAAGUGUCAAGUUCACAAUAACAUUACAGUUGUGGCAGAAUUGCACCGAGGGAAAUAUAAUUCCAUUGAAAAUCCUACACGUCAUAUCACACUUAUGUUUCCGACAUGUCUGACAAAGGAAAUCGAGAAGAAAGCCGAAAGGGAGCUGGGAGAAACCGCCGAAGUUAGGGAUUUGGAACUGAAACAGAUUAGGGAGUGGAUCACUCAGCAACCCUUUCUAAGCCAAACGCCAGGUGAUCUGUUACUUUUGAACUAUUUACGGGGAUGCAGGUUCGACCAAGCUAAAGCCCGGGAGAAACUAUCGCACUAUUUCACUAGAAGGGCGCAUGUGAGGGAUAUUUAUCUGAGCAGAGAUCCGGAGAAAGCAGAACUCGAUGAUGUCCUAUCGAGGGGAAUUAUUUCGCUCGCGAUGUCCGAGGACACAGAAAUGAUUAUACUGCGAUGGGAACACUGUGACGUAAAGAAGGUGCCUUUGUUAAACGUGCUGAAAUUGGGAUUUAUGCUUUUUGACGUAUUUGUUCACGAAAGUCCCACCUUUAUGGCGGUGGGGCACACCGUACUUAUAGACUGCCAAAAUCUACCCUUCGGGUACAUCAAGCAAUUCAGCCCCUCUCUACUUAAGGAAUUAGAGUAUAUUAUGUUUAAAGCCUAUCCUACAAGGAUUAAAGGAGUGCACAUUGUUAAUCCAGGCACGGUUAUGGGAAUCAUGGUUAGCAUGUUUAAGCCAUUUCUACCAGAAAAUAUUAAAUCACGGAUCAAAAUCUAUACAAACGGCGGCACGGGUGAUAUUUUAAAGCACAUCCCUUCGCACGUGCUACCCCAAGAGUACGGAGGAAGAGGGGAAUCGAUUGACACUCUAAAGGAAAGAACAAGGAAAAUACUGAAGGACAGACGAGCGUGGUUUGUUAAUGAAGACAACAGGAUCAUUAUUGACCAGGCUCUCAAAGGUAGAGACGUUUACGUGUAGAUUCAGUGAUCACCAAAUGAUUUCGUCAUGUAACACUUCAUCCAGUGUGGUUGCGUACAUAUUUGAUUAGACCAAGCCAAGUAGUUGUUAUCAUACGAUAUUGAUUCGGUGACACAUUUUGUUUUUGUUCGAAUAAAGGUCACUAGCGUGUUA